GUGGGGGGUUUGGCUUAUCUCAUGACAUCGCGACCCUGUUGUGUCACGGAUCUGUGAUGUCACGGGUGCAGGUGACAUCACAGCGUGACAUCACAGCCAUGGCAGGUGCCCCCUGUCCCCCCCUGCACUGGGAACAGCAGCAAGCAGCAAACAUCGUCCGCCUCCUGUCACUUUACCGACCCCUCCUUGACUCCUACAUCAUUGACUUCUUCACUGAGGGGCUGUGGGCAAAGCUCCCACCAACCUGGCAGACAGCCCUAGAAGUGGCAGACCCCCCGCAGCUGGCAGCCAUGCUGCUGGGGACUGGGGGCAUGGUGGGGCAGGGCACGGUGUGGCCACUCUCCCUGCUGGCCUUCACCACUGCUGUCCGUGUUCUCUCCUUCCCCCGUGGGCAGCUGGGGGAUGCCCCAUGCCCGCCCUGCCAAAGCCCCCACUUACACCCACUUCUGCGCCGUCACGUCAAGCCCAAGAAGCAGCAUGAGAUCUGGCGCCUGGGCAAGGUAUUGCAGCGGCUGAGCCAGGCCACCGGCUGUGAACGUGUGGUGGACGUGGGUGCGGGGCAGGGCCAUCUUUCCCGUUUCCUGGCCUUCAGUCUUGGCUUGUCCGUCACUGCUGUGGAGGGUGACGGCCGCCUGGUCAGCCUGGCAGAGCACUUUGACCAGGAGUUGCUGCGGGAGCUGGGGAAAGCCCGGGCACGGGGUGACAGUAGGAGGCUGCCACCUUCCCAACACCACCCAAACGCAGCCCGAGACACUACAGAUCCUGCAUCCCUUUGUCCCCGAUGCCCUCAACACGUGGCUGGCUGGCUGGACCCUCAGGCACCUGGGCAAGAGUUCCUGCUUGCCCCCACUCCAGGGCCAGCCCUCGCUGCCAGGAACCCACUGGCAUGGCCUGUGGAUAGCGAGCAGGUACUGCUGACUGGGCUUCAUGCCUGCGGGGACCUCAGCGUGGCCCUCCUGCGUCACUUCGCCUGCAGCCCCCAGGUGGCUGCUGUCACUUCAGCAGCUUGCUGUUAUAUGAAACUCUCCACGUGCCCUGAGCCAACUGCUUCCAACCUUCCGGGCUACCCUCUGAGCGCCUGGGUGGCUGGGCUGCCAGGUCACACGCUGUCCUACCGGGCUCGUGAGGCUGCAUGCCACGCAGUGGAGGAAUACACAGAGCGGCUGCACAGGGACAGCGAAUGCUUGCGCAUUCAUUGCUACCGUGCUGUGCUGGAGACCCUCAUCCAGGCAGCUGAUCCCAGCAAAAAGCACAUGGGAGUGCAGACAAUGAAGAAAGCCCACAUGCUCAGCUUCCCCGAGUGCGUAUGGGGUCGCUUCCCCUUCGAUCCCCUCCUGGCAUCUUCCUUGGGCACUUGUGGGACUGGCAUGGCUUUAUCCCAUAGGUACGCCCGGCUGGGGCUGUCCCUUGUGGGGCUGGACUCAGCUGCUGUGCCUCUGGAUUCAGAGUCGGUGUGCGCCAUGCUGUGUCAGCAGCACAAGGUGGUUGCCUUCUUCAGCCUGGUGCUGCUGUUGGCCCCACUGGUGGAGACCCUCAUCCUGCUUGAUCGCCUCCUGUACCUGCGGGAGCAAGGUUUCCAAUGUGCCCUCGUGCCCCUCUUCAACCCCCGGUUCUCCCCACGCAACCUGGUGCUGGUGGCUGCACGGGUGCCACUGGAUGCAGUGCUAUCAGGCCUGGACAAGGACAUCCGUGAGGACGAAGACAUGGUGAGGGGUGGAGGCGGGCAGGGGCAGGGCUGAGCCCAGUCGCUGGCUAUGAGUCGCUGGCUAUGAGCUACAAUAAAACCUGCUUUU